AUGAGGGAAUUCGAAGCCGUUGAUCGGGUCGGCAGGAAGGAUCGGAGAACGAUGACGAUGACAAAAUGGGAAGAAUCAGACAUAGAUAUUCGCAUCACUCACUGUGGUGUCUGUGCUUCUGAUAUUUGUGUCUUACGAAGCGGCUGGCGUCCAACUCCAUACCCUUGUUGCGUCGGCCACGAAAUUGUUGGCAUUGUUGUUCGAGUCGGCACCCAAGUAAAAGGACUCGAAAUCGGCGACCGCGUGGGUGUCGGCCCCCAGAGUGACUCAUGCCGCGGUCGUGUGGACGGCCAUUGUGUGCAAUGCAGUACCGGAAAUGAGAAGUACUGCACCAAGUUGUGGACAGGUACAUAUGCAGGUCGUUAUCUAGACGGGAGCAUGUCCUAUGGCGGAUAUGCGCUCCACAAUCGGGUGCCUUCCCACUUUGCUGUCAAAAUCCCAGAAGCGCUUUCUUCCGCUGCUGCUGCCCCGAUGCUGUGUGCUGGGGCAACAGUCUAUGCACCCCUUAAGCAGUAUGGUUGUGGACCAGGAAAAAAGAUUGGUAUCAUUGGAGUUGGGGGGCUGGGGCAUUUCGGCAUUUUGUUUGCCAAGGAAUUGGGCGCAGAUUGGGUUUCUGCCUUCUCACGGAAAGCUGCGAAACGUGAUGAUGCACUGAAAUUGGGAGCCGACACUUACGUUGCGACAUCUGAGGAUAAAGACUGGGCAAUCCAGCACGCAGGUUCCUUGGAUAUUAUUGUUUCUACUAUUUCUACUGUUUCAUCCAACACACUUCCGAUUACCGACUACUUGAAACUUUUGAAACCUUAUGGUGCUUUUAUACAAGUAGGCAACCCGGAGGAUGGUCCUUUCACAUUUCCUGCAGGGGCAUUGAUCGGCUCGGGUCUUAAGUUCUGUGGUUCGAAGAUUGGAAACCCCGGUGAGAUACGUGAGAUGCUUGCGCUUGCAGCGAUGAAGAAUGUCAAGCCGUGA